AUGUGCAGCCCUGCGGAAGCUCCGGGACGCGGUAUGCGGGCUGAAGGAGAGAGCGGCCCCCCAAAACCUAAGCAAGGGCCGCCAGCUCUUGGGAAAGACUCAUAUCUCAGCCCCAACCCAGUCACCUCAAUCGGGCCCCCCCCAACAGCUGGCGCCCUAAAUCGCUCACACGACCCCUCCUCUGCUGGGGGUCCCCGAGGCGCCGUCUUCUCCCAUUGCGCAGCUCUGCGUCUCCUCUUGGCUUUCUCUCCGCCACUUCUGGGCUUCCCGGGGUCCCCUCUCUCUCGGGCGUCCUGCCUACCCCUCUGGAUCGUGCGGUGGGAGAAAAAAGCUCAGCAGGAACAACUCAAAAUGCCCCCUUCUCGUGGAAGGGAAGAAAAGAGUUCUGGCCUCUUCCCCAUAACUUCGCCCCCGCCCCCCCCGCCCCAGCCAACUUUCCCCGGCAGACCGGCGGCUCCCGAGCCAAGCCCCACUUCCGAUGCUCGCCUACCUCGGGGUCCACACAAAGCUCACGGGUCCCCGGCGGCGGAGUCACAUCGUCGUCCCGCUCCUGGCCCCUGCGCCCAGCCCAGGUCCCCGUCGCGGAGCCGCUCGCCGCCGGCCCCACAGCAGCGGUGGCAGCUGCAGUUCAAGCGUCUCAUCAACGCUUCCCGAGGAGGAGGUGGGGGGCGCGCCGGGCCGGUUCCUCGGCCGCGCCCGGAAGCCCGCGGCGCGACGGGGUGCGCGGGACAGCGAGCGGGCGGGUGCGCCCGUGUGCGGCGGCAACGGGGACCCGGAGCUCCAGCCUGCGCCUGGAGCGCGGGUCAGACAUUAUUUAGCUCUUCGGUUGAGCUUCGAUUGGUCAGACGGCGCCGCCCCCCGCCCCCCUCCCCCAGCUCGCCCGCGCCACCGAGACCCGUGCGGGGCGGCCGCUUAAAGGGAACGCCGCGCCUUUUCCUCGCCCCCCGCUCGGCCCCGGGGACUCCCCGGGCUGCCCGGGCGCCCCGGACCCGCGCGCCCCCGUUCGGCCAGUCCCCCAGGCCCCGCGAUGUGGCCCCGUAA